AAAUGAGAAGAAUGUUCAUUUAUCACUAUUUAAUAUCAGUUUGGAGUCUCACGUAAUUGCAUAUAACAAUUCUUUCGUAGGAUUUGUCACCGAGUAAAAAUCUGUUCUGUUUUGCUCCGUUACUAUACUUAUAGUUUUAAUUAUAUUUUACGUUUCAUUUUGAAAUAAAAAAGACAAUUUCAUUUAGUGGUAGAAUAUAUAAAGAUCGAAAUAACAACUUGUUCAACAAAUGUUCAUACAGCGCAAAAUGGGAUUUUUUAAUUACUACAAACUUGGUACAUUCUCUGCGCUUUGUUUGAUAUUUUUGGGAAUUACAUCACAGCUUCAGAAAAUUUUGUUUGUUACGGAUACAAGAGCAGAUACUAAAGUUACAAUGUUUAUUGAUCAAAUAACAAAUAACGAUAAUUACCUUGAUGAGAUGGAUAGCCUCAAUAAACAAAAAGUUGAUAUGGAUGACCCACGGUUAAUCAGACUCAUAAGAAAUUACUGGAUCGAAAACCCGUCAGACCAACCAUACAAUCUGAAACAACCUCAUGUAAUGGACCCUUCCAUUGGACAAGCUGCAUUUGUUGAUAAUAGAUUAAAUUUUAAGAAAGGUGGAUUUUUUGUGGAAUGUGGUGCACUCGAUGGGGAAACCAGAUCAAAUACCUUGAUAUUUGAACGCUUGAGGGAUUGGAACGGUCUUUUGAUUGAGGCUGACCCAUCAAACUAUGCAUUGGUAAAGAAAAAGAACAGAAAAGCAUUUACGAUAAACGCUUGUCUUAGUAUUUACCCUUAUCCAGUAAAGCUGCAGUUCAAAAAAAGUUUCAAUGUAGGAAAGAUAGUACAGGAUAAAAAUCUGACAGGCAAUAACAUAGUGGAUGUCCAGUGCUUUCCUUUCUAUUCAAUAAUGAAGGCAUUAAGCGUUACACAUGUUGAUUUCUUUAGCCUCGAUGUGGAGGGGAAUGAAUUGCAAGUUUUAGAAACUAUACCAUUUGAUAAAUUACAUAUAGAUAUGAUGACGGUUGAAAUCGCACACGUUCCAGGAGGACAGAUGCCAGUGAAAACCUUUGUAGAAAAUAAAGGGUACUCUUCACUUAUUAAAAUGUCUCAUUUUGGAGGUUUAGCAAAUGAUAUAAUAUUUAGAAAGAAUUAAAAUUUAACGUCAUG